AUGCAUUCCACUUUCAUCGGUUGGAUGUGGUCGUUGCAGUCGGGUACUUGUGCCUCUCUUCGUACGAAAUCGCGUUGAAGGAUUCUACAUCGUGAAAAAAGAAUAUUCGAUGUUGAUAACAAUACAAGGAUGUCACUAAAUUCUCCUCGUCGAUCUAACUUACAACUAGUACGACUACCGGUACCGCGAAUUUGGAUGAAUAGAUUUUUUCACAGUGAGAGAGAACUAAGAAUUAGACUAACCUAAACAUCAUUGUCAUUCAGUUUUAGAAGAACAUCGAUAGAAAACAAGCAAAAUGGCUGGUUCCAUGACCCGUAACAACUGCACUGAGGACAACCUCAAUUGCACUCCUGCCACUCCUGGGAUUGUCAUCUCUGCCGCAGAUCUUGCCACUGGAGGUGGCCCAGCCAACAAGAAUCCCAGUUUACACCCAUUGUUCAUGAAGGACGCUUGGAACGAGAGGAGUUGGCACUCUAUGAGAAAAGCUCUGAACGCAGCACGCAUAGCGGAUAACGCAGUGAGGGAAGGCUAUCGCUACUUGCAAUGGUCGCGGGACAGGAGUGCGAUGUUAGAGCAGUAUGCGCAAAAAGCGUUGGAUAUGAGUGCGAAGGAGUUGCCGGAGCUACCGGUAAGUGGGAAAACGAAGUUGUUGGGAGGAGCCAAAGCGAAGUUGUUGGGAGGUCAAGACGUUUCUUCGUCGUUGCGAGGUACUAUUAUAGAAUAGAUACAUCUUUGCAUGAUCGGUGAAGAUGUGUGAAACUACGAUGCGUAUGCAUAUAUGAUCAUACAACGAACACAACGAAGAACUACUCAUCUCUCUUUCUAAACAGGUGAAACUUUCCUCUUCCCGCAAGCUGUUCAAUCUGGAGAUAGUCCUGAUACAGUAGCGUCUGUUCAGUACCCAGAAGAAAUGCAAUCUUUCGCUGACGACGCUUUUUUGAAGGGCGCGCAUUGGUUUUGACGGGCUGGCGCUUGACGGCACGCCUAUUCUUGGUAGACACGCCUCUGCGCUCCUUGGGAGCGGCAAGCCCGCGCUUGAUUGCGAUUGACGCUUUGCAGCAUCGUGCAGAGCAGAGGCCUAGCAUCACUAUAAGUGACGAGCACUCGUCAUCGAAAGCGAAUAAGUGCACCCUUGCAGACGGAGACAAGGUAAAACAGACAAGAUUAAUUUCUGCGCUUGCAGAGGAACAUAUUGAGGGCGGUGGGCGUGCGAGCCGACUGACCCGAAGCGCAUACGAAUGCCAUCGACGCAGGCUUCCUCGAUGAUGGAUGGGAUGCAGAGAUGCAAAUAGUCCUCGACGCUGUGUGCUAUCUCUCACUCUCGCGCAGAUUGAGUGAAGAUCAGUACUUCUCUCCAGAGGAGACCGCGAAACACCAAGGAAAGGGCUCUGUGGCGACCACAAAGCCGACCACCACUAACACCGGCAGCAGCACAGGCAAAGAAGCCUUUGCAACCAGAGGCAGAGAAAAUCGCGACUCCGAUUCUAAAGUCUCAUAGUGUAGUGCGUCGAUCAUGUUAAUUUAUAGUAAUAAUAGCACAUCUACUGUAGAACUAUUUCUUGAUACAACCUCUCAAGGAGAAAUUGCACAGAAGGAACCUUCUAUUUCUUAAGUCACGUUUCGAGGCUACGGCUAGUGAACAGCAUGAGCUGUGGUCAGACGCAGCGUUAGUCAAUCAUCUUUCUCAGGAGUGGGG